AUCGUCCACCAGCUGAAUUUCACACCUUUUUACUGUGAUAAUGCCGUUAUUCUUCUUUAAUAUUUAAACGUACGCAUUUUACACAAUCACUGCCCUUAUCUCCGUGCAAACGACACCGUGGUAAGCGAACGAUCAUCCGUCUGGAGCCCAGUUCCGAACGUCCCCGUUUCACCUCUGUUGUUUUCCGUAUCGAUGGCAUCUGAGAAAACUAAAAAACGAGCUUCAUACGGCAAAGAUGUCAGCAUUUACGCAUACGCCAAUAGUCCAAAAUGUAGCAAUAGGGCUUCGAAAGCCCUCACAAAACUGGAUGCAGCCGAGGAUGGCGCGGUGGUGGAAUCGUUACCGGACGAUGUCGACACCGAUGAGCAGCUAAUGAUGCGUACCGGUAGACGAAAGCAUCAACCAGUGGAAGAUGAGGCGUCGUACAACGAUUAUCACAUCAACCUGUGGUUCCACAUCUCGGAGUAUAUCCGGCCCGAGGAUGUGUGUCGGUUUGCGUGCAUUUGCCGCAAGACGGCCGAAGUUGUCGAGAGUGGUCGGUUCUGGAGUCAGCUGUAUCGCUCGUACUACGAUCCGACGAUCGAGAUGCCGCAACGAUUCCAGCCAGCAAGCAUGGUCCGGAGGCGAGGACUUCGAGCGGCAGUCAUCCGGUCCCUGUACUAUGUCUAUCCACCCUUCAUCAAGCUGCUGACCUGGAUGCCCUAUCAAAACCCGUAUCGUGUGAUCGGUCGGCAGCUCCUGUCCGGUUGGCGUAAACCGAACAAAAACGGUUGGACUUACUGUUUCGGGCUUAAGGCACGACAACGUCCGGGAAGCCGCCCGGCGCUAUCGGCAGAGUUGCAGCGGGAGAAAAGCUCGAUCGCUUACAUGCAGGACAUCUACAUGAAUCCCGAGGAGGGCAACCAGAUAUUGAUGAUCACUACCAACUACCUGAAGGUGCUGCCCCUGUUCUACGACACGCUUUUUGUGAAAAACUUUACGCAAACGCUCUCACAGGGCAUGACGAGGUACAAGGUGCGCAUCGAACUCGCCAACUAUUGCGGAAAGACGGUGGACGAAAUAGUGUUAGAUUCGGCCCGGAACAUAACAGUACUGGAUUGGUGGAAUCCGGCGUAUUACGAGGAGAUAUCAUUGGCUUUGCUACCGACCAGUUCCGCGCAGGAGCUGAACGAUGAUAUGGAUUGGAGCACUGACGAUAGUCACGUGCAUGGGAUGUAAUGUUCAUUCUUUCCAAUGAGUAUUGUGAUUGUAAGUUGCAAGAGAAUUAAAAGGUUUGAUUGAUGCAA